AUGGUAUGUUUUCAGUUAGUACAAGUUGCCUUAGAAAAUGUAGCAGCAUGUUCAUCGAUAUCAUGGCAUACAAAUGGAACACGAGUAGCUCAAAUUAGUCUUCCUGAAGAUGUAUUUGUUGAUAAUGAUGGUAAUAUAUAUGUACCGGACAAUUUCAAUAGCAUACAAAAAUGGUUAGUCGAUGCUAAAAGUUCAAUUAUUGUAGCAGGUGGAAGUUCAGGAUCUAGUAUGAAUCAAUUAAAAAAUCCAGUAGGCAUUUUUGUACGAAAUAAUAAUAUGUAUAUUAUUGACAACGGGAAUUUUCGCGUGCAAAAAUGGACUAAUGGUGCAACAAGUGGUAUUACUGUUGCUGGAGGAAACUCCAAAGGUGCUGAACUUAAUCAAUUAAGCAAUUGUUAUGGAAUUUAUGUGGAUGAUAAAGAAAAUGUAUACAUAUCGGAUAGAGAUAAUAACCGUGUGAUGCUUUGGACACCCGGUGCAACUAAGGGCAUCAUUGUCGCUGGUGGUAAUGGGGAAGGCAUUAAUUCAAAUCAAUUGAGAUUUCCUUUGGGCAUAGACUUAGACGAAGAUGGUAAUAUUUAUAUAGCAGAUUACUAUAAUAAUCGCGUUCAAAAAUGGAUAACAGAUGCUAAAGCUGGCAUCACAGUAGCAGGUGGAAAUGGAGGUGGUAGUGAUCCAAAUCAAUUAUCUUUACCAAGAGCUGUUUCUGUUGAUAUAAAAAAGAAUGUAUAUGUUCUUGAUACAUUUAAUAAUAGAAUACAAAAGUGGAGUCCCGGUGCAUCAAGUGGUAUUACAAUAAUAGGAAAUGAUGGUCCAGGUAGUCGACCGAAUCAAUUAAAAUCACCAUUUGGAAUGAGAUUUGAUUCAAAUGGUAAUAUAUUUGUAGCCGAUACAUACAAUUAUCGGAUACAAAAAUUUACCUGCGGUAAAUACUAUCGUUGGCCUAAUGGAACUUUUUCGCUCGUACCGAAUGGUGGUCUCACAGUUUAUUAUAUUGCUCGAACUGGUAUUGAUGGAGGUUCACAACAUGCCAAUCCUAAUUGGCAGCCAUUUCCCAAAGGUCUUCGCAUGAUUGCCGGUAAUCCAAUGCGACGAAACUUCAACCAAUCGAUUAUCGAACAUCAUGCCAUUUCGUUCGUUUGUUUGACGGAUUUCGGCAUGCCGUCUGCGCCUGAAACAAACGGAUUUCAAACCGAUCGAUACUUUUGUAAGAAUGGUUUUCGCAUGCAAGUUUUCUUUCCAAUGUGUUGGAACAACAAAACUCUCGACUCACCAGAUCAUCGCAGUCAUAUGGCAUAUCCGUCCCAUUACAAUGGCGGUGAUUGUCCAACUUCACAUCCUGUUCGUCUACCUGGAGUCUUCUAUGAAGCCUUCUACUCAGUGGAUCAAUUUCCACAUGGGCAAGGUACACAACCAUUUGUUUUGUCCAAUGGAGAUCCGACUGGUUACGGUUUUCACGGAGACUUCGUAAAUGGGUGGGACACGGACGUACUCAAAGCAGUAAUUGUCGAUGAUUCAUGCAAUGCAGAGAAUACCGAUCAUGGGAACAGACCUGAACGAUGCCUACCUCUGAAGCCAUUUGUCAAGGCUCGAGUUGACAAUGAUUGUGAACUGGCCAGACCGAUUCCACUCACUGAGAACAUUGGAAUGGUCAAGCCCCUAGAUCGUUUACCUGGAUGUAAUCCGAUAACGUACUCAAAUGCUGUCACGUGUUCUCAAGGAGCUGAACCCAGCAGCAUGAACAACGAAGGCACGUUUCAUAUUCAGUCCAAGGUCACCGGUGGUUACCUUACGUUUGAUUCUGCUACCGAGCGAGUUUUUGCUAAUAGUUCCACAAUCAAUCCUACCUAUCGCCAAGUGUGGGGUCUUGGUUGGGCUCCUCGAAUUCAAGGACGCACAGUUCGAAAUUCGGAAAUCAACAAGCAUUUUACCAUGCAAGACACACUCAAAGUCAAAGGUGUAGUUAUUGAUGCUUGGGAGAUUUUUUCAAUUGAAAAACAAAUCGAUAGUGAAUAUGUAACUAUCAAAAACUUUCGACACGGCAAAUAUCUCAAAGUUGAAGAAGAUUUUACUAUUAGCGGUCAAGCAACAACCAUUACUGACGCUUGUCUUUUCAAGCUCGUCACACCCAAUGGAGGCCUCGUUUCCGAGGGCAUCAAGCUUACUGAUCUUCAGCAAUUUCUAUAA